AUGGCCUACGGUGUCCCGACCAACCAAAUAUCAGUGACGAAUGCCUUCUCCGCGGCAGAAACACUCGACUUUAAACUCUUCUUCUCCUUCGACUACGCAGGCAACGGAUCCUGGCCGCAGUCGCAAGUCAUCAGUUUUCUGCAUCAAUUCUCCACCAGCCCGGCGUAUUACCACUUCAGCGAUCGGCCCUUCGUCUCUACAUUUGAAGGACCGGACAGUGCGGAUGAUUGGAUCGCGAUCAAGAAUCAGACAGGAUGCUUUUUUGUCCCCGACUGGUCGUCUGUCGGUGUACCAGCUGCUCUUGAGCUCGCGGGUGGCAUUGCAGAUGGAUUAUUCUCCUGGGCUGCAUGGCCGACGGAAGCGCAGCGAAUGAAUACAUACGUGGAUGCAGCGUACAUUGACUGUCUGAAAAGGGCGAAAAAGCCAUACAUGAUGCCAGUUUCUCCCUGGUUCUAUACCAACAUGCCGCAAUACGAUAAGAACUGGGCCUUUUAUGGAGACGAUCUAUGGUACGAUCGAUGGAUUGAGGUUGCUUUCCUUGAGCCUGAAUGGAUCGAGAUAAUCUCUUGGAACGACUAUGGCGAAUCGCACUAUAUCGGCCCUUUGAACGAUAAAGGAUACGGGAUGUUCACUGCCGGCAAGGCACCCUACAACUACGCGCGAGAUAUGCCGCAUGACGGCUGGAGGCUCCAUCUUCCAUUCGUAAUUGAUCUCUACAAGAAGGGAACAGCGUCGCUGACAGAAGAAAGUCUUGUCGUGUGGUAUCGAAUUCAGCCUCGAAGCGCUUGCUCUGGGGGAAAUACCACCGGCUUCGCGGCUUUGGACCGACAAGUUGAAAAAGCGAUUGAUUCGUGGUUGGAGGACAAGAUAUUCUUCUCGGCGCUGCUCAAGUCCAAGGCAUCGGUUACAGUGAGCAUCGGCGACUCGAAAAAUGAUGCUCGAUGGGAAUAUGAACCAGAUGGAGGAAUCGGUAUCUACCAUGGAAGUUUUGCCUACGAUCCUGACAAUCUUGGAAAACCUAUUGUCACCGUCCUGCGCGAUGAUAAAGAAACGGUUCGAGUUAGUGGCCGUUCACUCAGCACCAACUGCGCCAGUGGUUUCGCCAACUACAAUGCCUGGGUCGGAAGCGAAACUUCAGGGGCGACCAUUUCGCCGGUUUCUCCAGACCUUCCAAUCUCUAAACAAGUAUGUAUCGAGGGAUCUGGAAAUGCCAACUUUUCUGAUCUGUGCGAAUUCACCUGCAAAUAUGGGUACUGUCCUCUUGAUACAUGCACCUGCACAGCAAUGGGCGCCGCCAAAGAUAAACCAAAGGCCACGAAGGUCAAGGGAUACCCCAAACAUGGCAACGACAGCUACGAGGGGCUAUGUUCUUUCUCCUGCUACUAUGGAUCGUGUCCGAAGAAGUACUGUUCUUCGACUGAGACAACACACACUUCUUCCCCCGCUUCUCCAACCUGCAAAGAUGGGAACCAAGUGCCUCAUAGUUCUGACUGCGCCCACAAGGACGACGGACAGAGACAGGCCAUCUCUUUCGUGCUUUUCGGAUUCUGUUUGAUAAUAUCUGUCUGUGUCUGGCAAGGAAGCUUCCCAUAG